CAGAUGAACAACAGAAGGAGUGUGUGAAGUGUUGACGAGUACACAAAGUACAACUACUAAGCCUAAGCCCAUAAAACAUGUAGUUCAAAAAGAAAAAAAAAAUGUAUUCCAGACUUCUAGUUAUUGAUGUGAGGCUGAGGCUAUAGUAUUUGACUAUUUGCAUUGGGGUUGAUGCAGCAGAAAUGAAAGGGACGGAUAGGGUUAUUACUUCCACGAAAGAGAAAAAAACAAAAUUAUAGCUUCAACGGAAAAUAGAAUGGGAAUUUCUUAACCUCAUGAUCUUAUCCCUCCAACCUCUAUCCCUUCUUUGCAUAUAGAUAUUGAGCUGGAAGAUGUUAUUGAUAAUUUGGGAGUUAAAGGAGUUGCAAGUGUUGGGUUUUGAUUAUGUCCUUAAGAGGACGAAGUGGGUUUUCAUCCUGGGUGCCGUGGCCUUGGCGGGUUACGGUGCUUAUAGGCUUUAUCACGCGCCCAUAGCAACGCGUAAGAGGAUGAGAGUCUCCAAACUUCUUGGCACGCUACUUUUCGUUGCGGAAGCCAUUUCGGAAUCUGCAGAAACCCUUGUGGUCAUUUCUGGAGAUUUCAAGGACGUCUUGCAAUCCGACUCCCACCAACUUUUUGAAACAGAUUUUCAAAAUGGCGCGCUGUAGCACUUUGCUAAUUCUCUCGCCACCGUCAUGCGCAUUGUCAUCAAGAGAGUUUCGCGAGACUAUGAAACCGUAAACCUUCCAAUACUGACCAAACUGGUUCCGCGUUGCUUUUUGCUUUUUGCGGACCGAGUGCUCGACAAAAUGUUAACGCCAGCUAGGUCAGGUUUUGUCUCUGUGGUUGUUGGAAGCUUUGCUAUGAACCUCGUACUUAGUUUCUACUCAGGCAAUGCAGAGUUGAAUUCGAGUAAUGAAGAUGGUGUCUUAAGUGCUGAUAGAUCAUCCUCUAAUUGGGAUUAAGUUCUGAAUUGGAUUAAUGUGGUUUGUGGUGAUAAGUGGGUGAAGUUUAUUGAAAAUUGCAUUCAAAUUUGUGUGAGCAAGACGGUUAGACAAAACAAUGCAUAUCAAUAUUUAUGAUGAUUUUUUCUCUUGGUUAACGAAUACAAACCAUGAAACUAAAGUGAAGAAAAUGCAGGUGACUGUUUGUAAUAAUGCCAUGGAGACUCUAGUCAAAAUAUUACAUUAGAAGUGUUGAUCCUCAGCUUUGUUUAAAUUAUUUUUGUGCAGUCAUUGUUUUAGAAAGGUUUAAUAUACUAGUUUUUGAAACCUCCUUACACUCCUAAU